GCACAAGACCAUUUCUAAUUCCACAGACGCACACAACACAACACAACACAACUUGUUCUCUCAAACACAACAAUGGCCAAGGUUUACCCUCAGGAACCCUCAUCUCCUCAGUGUCUCACAUCUGAAAGAGAAACAUACACUCUAUGGUUGAAAUCACUUGUCUUCCACUCCAAUGGAUGCACAGUUUACGACUCAAAUGGUGACAUCGUUUAUCGAGUUGAUAACUACGACAGAAAGGGUAGAAGAGAAGUUAACCUCAUGGAUCUACGAGGCAAAGUUCUCUGCACCAUAAAGAAGAGAUUACUAGCUUUUGGAUGUUGGGAUGGCCACAGAUGCAUCAAUUCUAAUUUUGGUAGCCAGGAACAACCAUGGUUUCGAGUUAAAAGAUGCAAUCAAAUGAUCAAAGGGAAAGUAGCUUGCCAAAUUUCUGUGGGGUGUCAGAGGUACAACAUAGUAAAAACCAGUGGCAAAACAGAAGCAUUUAGAAUAGUGAACAUGGAUGGACAAAUAGUUGCCGAGGCAAAGCAAAAACACUCACCCUCAGGAGUUGUACUGAGUAACGAUGUUCUAACGUUGGAUUUGGCUGCCGGCACAGAUCAUUCCCUUGUAAUGGCUUUAGUGACGGUGUAUGGAUUGAUAUUCGGCAUAAUGUAAAUAAUGUCCAUAACAUGAGAUACACACAAUUUAUUCGGAGACUGAUAUAUUCAGCACACAUUGGUUCACUACCUUUGUGCCUGAUUAUUGUGUUGUUCCCAUCGUUCACUGUAAAUUUUCUGAGUGACAAGUUUUGUAAUCAGAAUUUUGCUUAGUUUGUAUAAAGAUAUAUCUAUGUACACAUAUUAUUAAUUAAUUGUUUACAGAGGAAACAGGAUACAAUUUAUUGUACA